AUGUGUACCACUUCCGAUCGUGCCCCUAAGUUCGGCUUUCCAGCAUCCUACCAUGCCCACGAGUUUCAGCCACUGAAACCACAAUUGCUUGAGGCUGACUUACACGACUUGUUCUCAUUCAUCUGGGCCCACGAUACGUAUAGCUUUGACCACCCACGCUAUCGUCUCCAGGUCGCCUUCAGUAUCCUCCUGAUAUUCCACUUGGGACUACAUCCUAACGUCGCAUUCAAAGAAGGACUCUUCUACGGCGACACGAAGAUUCUUCUCACCCGAUAUGAGAACACCAUUCGCGCUAUACUUAUCAUUCGAUUGGAUGAUCGGAAUGAACAUGCGCGGGCGGCUCAAACAUGGAGCAGAAAAACGAUGAUGUUGAUGGAUGAGCCUACGAAGCGCCAUAUGUGUCCCGUAACUCUAUUUUUGUCAAUGGCUAUUGCGGAUGGCGUCAUUGAAGGCAUUGGUUGCGGCAGCGACAUAUCAUCGCUGUAUGGUAGUCGCCAACAGUCUGGGUGGCUGCUCCUUCCCUACAAACAAAAUUCAUCACGCUUUUCAAUACUUCGAAGGACCGGUAACAAAUCUAGGGUGCUCUCAUCCUGUAGUAUAAAGCCAUCAGUACUCUACACGAUGAUGCAGGCACAGUUGGAGCGAGCUGGCCACGAAGAGACGUUUGCGACCAUACUUCGGGACAUUAGGAAUGCAACCCAGCGGGAAAAACGACGUAAGAUUGCAGCCGACUACAUCUUGGUUGGACGUGGACAGGGUGAAUGUGUAUCCGCGAUACUGGCUUCCGAAAUGAACAUGCCUUUCGACACGAAGACCUUCCAUACACCCGCAAGCCUCAAAUCGCCCUAUCCACUGCCACACGUGUUAAAUGUCCAACUCAAGUAUGAUACCACACGAUCCGGGAUAAUAUCCUAUCUGUACGGGUCAUAUGCGGCAUACAACGCGAUUCCCGAUAUACUGUACCCUUUCGUUAGGGCCGCUACAUCAGUCGCAUAUGAGCCGUAUUAUGUGGACGCUUCGCCUGAUGCAUCUGGGAGCUGCCCGUGGUGUAAUGCCCGGCUGAAACGGUAA